UUGACCUUGGGCCUCGCGAUGGCGGCACUAUGUGGGUGGGGCGAGACACGUGUUUACACGGCCAAAGCGCAGGAAACAGUCGCGAGCACUGUUCAAUAUGUAACACCUGGUGCAAGGGUGCUUAUCCCGUGUCUGGCGACUCAAGCGAAGAACCUCGGGCUGCUACACGGGACAGCUCACGGAAUAAAGGCAGAACGCGGAGACGACAAGACUGCACGUGAAGAUCAUGGGGAUAGACGCGGAGAGCCCGUGAAUGGAAGUAACAACCACGUUAAAGCAACCGAAGAAAUCGUUGCACGAAAUGAUCACGUGAACGGAGGCAAUGCACAAGUGACAAGCGAAGGAAAGCACUUAGUAACAAGCACAGAGCACAUAAAACAGCACCCGGUAGGACAGACGAGUGAGCGCUUUGUUGAGAUUUCCAACAGGAAGGAGGUGAAGAAGUUUGGCGCUCUGUUUGUGGUGCAGAUGAGCGAGAAAUUGAACGGUAAACUGUGCUGUUUGUAUUCGAGCGAGGAAGGCGACGAAUACAUGUCGGUGGAGGCCGAAGUGCGUGUCAUCACAGCGGACGUUCUUAGAAAGUCAUACGGUCUCAUCAACGAAAAGUCCCAGCGGCCAAAUCCAGAGUCGAAUUGCCCAUCCCGCGGAUUUGAUAUCACAUCCCGAGGGACAAAGUCAAGUUGCCCACCCCAGGAAUGUGCCAUUCCGUCCAGUGAGACAAGGUCACGUGGUCCAACCCGCAGAUUUGCCAUUCCGUCCAUUGAGACAAGGUCACGUGGUCCAGCCCGCAGAUUUGCCAUUCCAUCAAUUGAGACAAGGUCACGUGGUCCAGCCCGCAGAUUUGCCAUUCCGUCCUUUGAGAAAAGGUCACGUGGUCCAGCCCGCAGAUUUGCAAUUCCGUCCUUUGAGACAAGGUCACGUGGUCCAACCCGAAGAUUUGCCAUUCCGUCCAUUGAAACAAAGUCACGUGGUCCAACCCGCAGAUUUGCCAUUCCAUCCAUUGAGACAAGGUCACGUGGUCCAACCCGCAGAUUUGCCAUUCCAUCCAUUGAGACAAGGUCACGUGGUCCAACACGCAGAUUUGUCAUUCCGUCGAUUGAGACCAGGUCACGUGAUCCAACCCGCAGAUUUGCCAUCCCGUCGAUUGAGACCAGGUCACGUGAUCCAACCCGCAGAUUUGCCAUCCCGUCCAUUGAGACAAGGUCACGUGGUCCAACCCGCAGAUUUGUCAUUCCGCCCAUUGAGACAAGGCCACGCGGUUAUUCUCCAGACAUCCAGUCCCAAGGGAUAAAACCUUAUACUCUAUCCCGCAGAUUCGCCAUUCCAUCUCGAAAGACACCCUUCUACCCAAGGUACGAGAGACUUUUUGUAGAAGCGAUAUUACCCGACCGCGGGAUCGAGCUGCCUUCCCGCGGGACAGAGUGGCGUCAUAUCUCCAUGGAGGCCCCUCCCAUCACCAAGUGGGUGGAGAUGAUGAUAGAGUCCAUCGACGCGAAAGUCGCACGCUACGAGGACACUCUAUUUCAGGUCGGCAGCUUGUGCCUUCAAGCAGUAACCGGUGAGAGGCUUUCUUCCUGGCUGGUUGAUCACUUAUCUGAGAACAACAUGUAUGUGUAUAGCGUAGGCCGGCACGUGGUGACGACCGUCAAGUUUGCCCUGAUCAAGUCACUUGGGGAAGCCCUUCUAGUGUACAUUUUACUGGUUAGCACUACGCUAUGUUUGAGAAGAUUCUUAAGGUCUUACCAAAUGUGUCUGUUUGACUUUUCUGAUUUCUCAAGACGUUCUUGGAAAUGAAAUUCGAGAGACCUCGUGACCAAUUCAUCACGUGACUACCACUCUUGAUGGAGACUCAGUGCUAAAGGGGCGCAAAACCGGAGCCUCUUUUGCAUUCAUCGCUAACUAACUAGACUGAACAAUUACCGCCUGGCGUUCAAGAGUCUGGCGCCUUUGCCUCUGAAAUGCACUAGUGACCCAACAAAAACUCUCACCAAAUCUCUAUGUUAUAUCAGCAGACGCCAUUUCUUCCAAACUCUACUUCCAGAAUAAACUAACAUUUGGUAGAAAGUGUUUUUUCGGCCGAAAAUCAUUCAGCCUGUAACAUUUUUGUUUAUAUAUCUUAUGAUGUCAAUCAAUUCAAAUAAAGUCUUAGUCUGAUGUCGUGCAA